UUUGAAGUUUCGAUCAAACUCCAUCUUACUUGUUCAUGGGUGAUCAGGGGACCAUUCACAGUGGUGAUCUGUGCCAAGUAUACAUACGGUCAGCCGGUAAGGGGGCGCAUAUCUGCAAUUAUUGCUUUGGCAUUCAGAUAUGGCACAAGCUCCGAGGAAGUCAGGGAAAUCGUAACUGUCGUUGAGGAAGCUGAUGAGAACACAGGAUGCAAGGACAUUACUUUUCAAGCCGAUUUAUCAGAAAGGUUCCCAGGGCUACGUUUUCGCAAUGCUGACGUGCUUACUGUCUACGCUAACUUUACAGAAAGAGGCACAGGUGUGAUUAUGAAUGCCACCAGCAGUGACACCCAAAUAGAGACAGAAAACGUCUUAGUGGAGAUGCGAGGUCCUGAUGUUUUCAAACCUCUAUUACCAUACCAUGGACAGGUUGUAGUGACUCGUCCUGAUGGAUCACCAGCAGGUGUAAGACGUGUCAGAGUUUCACGACCCAACUACCCAGCUCAGCUCCUCGAUACCCAACCCAAUGGCACAGUCGACUUUGUGUUAGAUACACCUCGCACAUCUUCAACCACAUCCUUCCAAAUUACGGCUGAACUACUUGAUGAGUCAUCUGAGGGCCCGAUCCAAGCUCCAUCCCGAUCCUCGAAGCAAGUACAUGCAUGGUACUCGCCAAGUGGCUCCUUCCUGCAAAUCUCUGAUAUCAAAGAGACAGUAUCUAUCGAUCAGAAUGUUUCUGUCCAACUAGAAUUCACCUUGCCUGAGAAUGAAACACAGAUUGAGUUCUUCUAUAGGGUUAUAUCUGGAGGAAGAAUCGUAGCUAGCGGCAGUUACAGUUGGAUCAAUAUCGUUGUUCAUUCUGAGCCUGUCUCUCAAGUUGCAGCUUAUUGUCACUGGUACCAGGACCUGUACCCAUUCUUUAUAUGCAGGCAACGACGAUUCAGGCGGCACUCCUUACCUCCCUACCGAAAUGGUUAUGAAACGAUUGAGCCCGAGUUGCCAGACUAUAGGACCAAUGGUACAAGGAACAGCACUGUCUUUUACUUUGAGGCUGUCGCCGAGAUGUCUCCGAAAAGCCAAAUCCUUGUCUAUUACAUCCGUAAUGAUUCCGAGGUGGUCAGUGCAAGCACUCAUUUCAAAAUGGCUUCUGUUUUCAAAAAUCAGGUAUCGUUGGAGUUCCUUGAUGGGAGGGAGAUAAGACCGGGCCAAACCGCUUCCAUAGCUCUCAGCGCACGACCUUCUUCACUGUGUGCUUUGGGUGUGGUGGAUAAGAGUGUGCACAUCUUGGGUGGGAACAAUCAACUUUCUAAAGAAAAGGUAAGCAGCUAGCAUCAUCAUCGUUCAGCAUCCGUUUUUCCAUUGAGUUGAACAUUUCAUUUCCCUAACGGCCUAUUGCAAAGCCUUUCUGUCUUCAGCAUCUACCUGGAUGAGGCCAGAUACUUUCAUGACUUCUUCUAGCGUCUCCUUCCCGGGUGGUGUUUCACAAA